AUGGGAGUAAUCUUGAAAAUAGCUAGGUCUGACUUCCUACUCAGUCUGGUUAAAGGCUGUAUUGGAACUAAGAGUAGAUCUCUAAUGGUGCUUGAUGUUUUGGAAUCUCUAAUGUCCCCAAACUGUAUUGGAACUAAGGGUAGAUCUCUAAUGGCGCUUGAUGUUUUGGAAUCUCUAAUGUAUUUGGAUCUAAGUUUAAAUGAUUUUAAAGGAACUCCAAUUCUUGAAUUCAUCGGUAUGCUUAAGAAUUUGAGAUACCUUAAUCUCUCAUCGGCAUCAUUCAGUGGAGAAAUUCUACCUCAGCUUGGAAAUCUAUCAGACCUGAAUCAUCUUGAUCUCUAUUAUGAAAUUUAUGGAUUAAAAACCAUAAACUUGCGUGGGAAUUUUGAAGGUCAGAUACCGAGAUAUUUGCGGAAUCUUUGCAAUUUAAAGUUCUUAGACCUUUUGGGAAACAAUUUCAGUGGUUCCACGGAAGACAUUUUUAGUGGAUUCUUGGACUGUCCCAACAAUAGCUUGGUUUCACUUGAUUUAAAUGGUAAUUCGCUUGGUGGGGAAUUGCCUAAUUCGUUAGAAAUACUCGAGAAUUUGCAACAACUUGACCUCUAUUUGAAUUCUUUAUGGGGUUCAAUUGCAACUUCAAUUGGACAUAUGUCGUCAUUGCAAUAUUUGGACCUCGGAUCCAAUAAUAUGAAUGGAAUAAUUCCCGAAAGUUUUGGAAAACUCUCAAGGCUCAUUCAGUUGGAUCUCAAAGGAAAUCCAUGGGAAGGCAUCAUAACAGAAGUUCAUUUGAUGAAUCUCACAAGAUUAGAAGAUAUAAUAAUCAUACCACUAGAGACAAAAACGCCCUUGGUUUUCAAUAGCAACUUGUUUUUAGGAUCUAUACCAUCAAAUAUUGACGAACUAAUGCUGCGACUGUGCAGUUUGUAUCUCUCAGAGAACCUUUUGAAUGGAACAAUCCUGUCAUCCAUAUGUACCAUGAAUAGCUUGCAAGUACUUUCCCUUAGGACAAACCAAUUAUUUGGGGAGCUCCCACAAUGUUGGAAUGGGUCAAAAUACUUGUGGACCGUAGACGUGGCAAACAAUAAUCUCUCCGGUAUUAUUCCAAGUUCAAUGGGGUUUAUUAGUUCUCUCAAUAUGUUGAUUUUGAACAAUAACAACCUAGAGGGUGAAAUUCCUUCUUCUUUGCAGAAUUGUUCACUUCGGAGUAUUGAUCUCCGAGGAAAUAGACUAUUUGGAAAGUUACCCUUAUGGAUAGGGGAGACUAUAACUGGAUCUCGGAUUCUACAGUUGCGAUCAAACUCUUUUAGCGGAAUCAUCUCACAACAAUGGUGCAAUCUUCCACAUCUUCACAUCUUAGAUCUUGCAAACAACAACAUUUCAGGGGUUAUUCCCAAAUGUUUACCCAAUUUAACUACAUUGGUUUAUGAUAAUGGUAGAGAACUUGAUUUUGGCAGUACUCUUCAAUAUGUCAAUAUCAUUGAUCUUUCUCGAAACAAUCUAAUUGGUGAAAUCCAUGAAGAUAUCACAAGCCUCAUUGCAUUAGGAGCCUUAAAUUUUUUGUGGAAUAAGUUAACAGGAAGCAUCCCAAAGAAGAUUGGAAACAUUAGAUCAUUGGAAACACUUGAUCUUUCAAACAACAAUCUUUUGGGACCCAUUCCACAAAGCAUCUCAUCUUUAACCUUUUUGAGUCACUUGAAUCUAUCUCACAAUAACUUGUCAGGAAGAAUCCCAUCAGGAAACCAACUCCAAACACUCGAUGGUUCAUCUAUUUAUGCAGACAACCCUUUAUUGUGUGGGUUUCUUCUUCCUACCAGGUGCCUGGGCGAUGAAGAUCAUACAUCUAAUUCAUGUACUUCUGGUGGAGGAGGCUUAGAAGACAAUGGUGCUAAGAAUGAUAACGAAAUGCUUUGGCUCUAUGUUAGCAUGGGAUUUGGAUUCCUUGUGGGACUUUGGGUGUUUGCUUCACUUUAUGGAUCAAAGUGUCAUGGAGAAAAGCUUAUUUUCAGUUUGUAG